AUGAAGAAUAAAUUUUAUAAAUUUCCUAAUCUUCAAUGGGGUAUAAAAUGGUUCCUAAGUAUUUUAUAUUUAAUAAAUAUUUCUUAUGGAUUUCAUCAUAAAUUAACAAAACGGGAAUUACUACACACAUUUGGGGUUGAAAACUACAGAGACACUCCAGAAUAUUUAUUUAUUAAUGCAGAAAAGAAUAUUGAUCAUGUAGGGAAUAAAUAUAUAAAAUUUAAUGCAUGGAAUGAUACAUUUUUAAUAUUAUUAAAACCAAAUUAUAACAUUAUUGGAAAAGAUAUUACAACCGUGAUAAGAGAUGGAAAUAAAACUACUCAAUUUGAUUUUAAUUUUAAUGAUUGCCAUUAUAAAGGUGAAGUAAAAUCUCAUGGAGUUAAUUCAGCAAUAUCAGAUUGUUCUGAACAAUUAUUAGGAACAAUUGCAAUGGAAGAUCAUUUUUUAAUACUUCAAACAAUUCCUAGACGUAUCAAAAAUAUAUAUAAUAAAAAACAUAUAAUAUUUAAGCGAUCAACAGCCUUAAUUCCAGAACAGGUUAUUAUGGAUAUAGAAAAAAAAAAGAAGAUGAAUAUAUUAAAUGACUCACCAAUCACUAAUAAGGUAGAAGAAUUUUGUGAUGUUGAUUCAAAAAAUCUGGUUAUUAAUUAUACUUUGCCCCCUGAAGCGAAAAUUGAUUCAUUAUUUAUAUUUCCUCAAAUGGAUCCAAUGACACUUGAAAUUGCUCUUUUUUUAGAUUCUGAAUUAUAUAAAUAUUUUAAGAGAGAAUUUGCCUUAGAACCAGAAAAACAUUUAAUGGAUUUUAGUUUAGCUUUAAUAAACAAUGUUCAUCUUCUAUAUCAACAACCAACACUUUCACCUAAUCUUGAAAUUGUUAUUGUACAUUUUGAAUUAUGGAAAAGUCAACCAAAUGAGUUAGAGACAUUUAUUCAUCGUAAUGGUCAGGCACAAACAUUAUUAGAUGCAUUUUGUAGGUAUCAAAGUAGGAUAAAUCCUGGUACAGAUUUAACGGAUAGUGGUCAUUGGGAUCAUGGUGUUAUGUUAACUGGAUAUGACAUAUAUCAUACAACAAAGUCAGUUGCUGGUGUUGCACCAGUUGGGAGGAUGUGUGAUGAUGUCUUUUCAUGUUCACUAGUAGAGGGUCUUCAUUUAGGUAGAAGUUUUGUAUUAGCACAUGAAAUGGGUCAUUCAUUUGGUAUGGUUCAUGAUGGAGUUCAAAAUGAAUGUCAUAAAAGUUCAUAUCUAAUGUCUAGUGUAAAUGGUGCAGGAAAGACUACCUGGAGUGAAUGUAGUUCAAGAGAAUUUACAGCAUUUUUAAGGCAAUUAGAUGAAAGUGGUAGAGGUAAUUGUUUACGUGAUCCAGCAGUAUCUAUAUCAACAGCAGAUCACCUAAAAGAUGGUAGAUUACCUGGACAAAGAUUUACCCUUGAUCAACAAUGUAGUUAUUUUUGGGGGACUGAUUAUCAGGUUGAAAUUCCAAAUGGAAGAAAAUUAGAAGAUAUUUGUAGAAUAUUAUGGUGUGGAAAUAAUGGAUCAACAAUUUCAACAGCACACCCUGCAUUAGAAGGUUCAUGGUGUGGUGAUCGAAAAUGGUGUAAUCAUGGAAAAUGUAAAAGAUGGAAUUUUGAUGGUGAUGAACCAAAAGUUAUUAAUGGUGAAUGGUCUUCAUGGUUUAGUAAAGAAUCUAGUUGUCCAAUAACACCAUGCCAAAUUACGGGUAGUAUAAGUGUUAGAAGUCAAAUUAGAACAUGUAACAAUCCAGCACCUAAUAAUGGUGGUAGAGGAUGCCAAGGAAAUAAUAUUAGAGGAAUAAUAUGUGGUUCACCACAUUGUAAUGGAUUCAAUCAACAACAAUAUGGUGAUAAAUUAUGUAGUGCUCUUAAGAAUGAUAAAACAAAACCAGAUCGUCAAUUGAGUGGAAAAAGUUUUUUACAUCAUCAACAACCAUGUAAAGUUUGGUGCCAUUUAAAAGAUUCUGAAUUAAUAAGAAAUAAAGGACAAUUUCCAAAUGGAUCACCAUGUGGUGAUGGAAAAUAUUGUGUUGGUGGAAGUUGUUUAAAAGUUUCUUGUAACAGUACAAUGUUAACUAAUGAUGAAGAAGAUUGUGAAAAAAAUUUAUCAGAUAAAAUUGAUACAUCUAAAGUAUGGGGUCAAUGGAGUAGUUGGUCAAAUUGUUCUGUUGACUGUGGAACAUCUGGUGUACAAAAAAGAACUAGAGAAUGUGUGGUAAGUUUGAAAAAUAAUAUAAAUAAAAAGAAAAUAUUAAAACCAAAAAUUGAUGCAAAAAGGCAGGCGACAAAUUUUUUAAAUAUUUUCAAACCACAGUUACCUAAAAAAAAUCCUAAAAAAGUAGCCCCAAAAAAAGGAAAAAAAAAUAAAAAUAAUAAAGGAAAAAAAGGAGGAAAACCAAAAAAUCCAAUAUUAUUAAAUGAAGAUUUGAAUUGUUUUGGAAAUUCAUUAGAAAUAAGACCAUGUGAUCCAAAACCACCACCAUGUAUUAUUCUUGGAACAUGGGAAGAAUGGUCAUCAUGUAAUAAUGGUGAACAGGUAAGAAGGCGAAUUUGUUUAUCUGGUGAUAAUUGUAUAGAAGAAGAAAUGGUAGAAAAAAAAAAGUGUGAUACAGUUAAAGAAUGGUCAUCAUGGCUUCCAUGUUCUGUAUCAUGUGGUAUAGGAUUUCAAGUUAGAGAAAGAUUAUGUAAUGGUGUAACUUGUAAAGAUUCACAAAAACAAGCAAAAACUUGUAAUAUACAAAAUUGUAUUUCAAUAGAAAAAGAAAAAUAUCAAUUAGGUGAAUGGUCAGAAUUUUCAGAAUGUUCAAUGACAUGUGGUGAAGGAUUAAAAACACGUAUAAGAAGUUGUAUAAAAGGUGUUUGUCCAAUUUCAUUAAAGUAUACAGAAACUGUUACUUGUAAUGUUGGAGAUUGUGAUAAUAAAUGGAGUGAAUGGAAAGAGUGGGGAGAAUGUGAUGCCAUAUGUGGAGAAGGAAAACAAAAAAGAUUUAGAACUUGUAAAGCUGACUUUGUAUUUUUAUGUAGUGGUGAUAGUUUUGAGGAAAAACCUUGUUUUGGAGAACCAUGUAUUAUGAGGAGUUCAAUAACAUUGCAACAUACAAAUUUACCAACAUGGUCAGAAUGGUCUUCAUAUUCAGAAUGUUCCUGUUUUUCACAAACACAAUAUAAAAGAAGGUAUUGUCAAAUUUCAGAUCCAUCACUUCAAGGAUUUUGUAUAGGACCAAUAACAGAUACAAGAUCAUGUCAACCAAUUAAUUGUAGACCUAUAAAUGGUGGUUGGAGUGAAUGGAGUGAAUUUAGUGAAUGUAGUAAAAAAUGUGGUACAGCAAUAGGUCAUCAAAUAAGAAAUAGAAUGUGUUCUUCACCAUUACCUGCAAAUAAAGGUGCUUAUUGUUCUGGUUAUUCAUUUGAUCAAAGACCAUGUCGUGGAGAUAUUGAAAAAUGUACAGAACCACCAGUAGAUGGAGGUUGGAGUGAAUGGACUGAAUUUGGAGAAUGUAUAGAUUGUAAAUAUACUUCAAGAACACGUUAUUGUAAUAAUCCAAUACCUAAAAAUAAUGGAAAAUCAUGUAAAGGAAAAGAUUUUGAAAUGAAAGAAUGCUCAUGUAAUGAUGAUUCAAAUAUAAAUGUAGAAGGUUCGGGUAAUAUUAAUCAUUGGGGUGAAUGGAGUGAAUGGAAUAACAAUAAUACUUGCCUUACAGAAAGAUUUAGAGUUUGUUUUGGAUCUUGUACAGGAGAAGCAUAUGAAAAAAAAGAUAAAUGUUAUAAUGAAAUAGAUAAGUAUAAUGAAUGGAGUGAAUGGAGUAAUUGUCAAAUCACAAACUGUUCUACCUUAUCUUCUACUCGAACAAGAUCACGAAGUUGUGUAACAUCAUGCAAAGAACAUUACAAAAUUGAAGAAGAGUCUUGCAAUCAAAAAUUUCAAGUUAAGGGAAUUAAAAAAUUUUAUAAGUUAAAAUCAUGUUCUAGUUUUGUUAAAAAUUUAAUAGCUAAUUUUUAA